GAAGCGAAAUAAAGGCAGAGUCCAAGAGCCGCGACGUGACAAUGAUUGGAAGCCAAUGAUUGAGCCCAAUCUCUGGCCGGACUCGGUUGUAGCCGAAACGCAAGACAAUUGUACGGUCAAAGCUCCCCCCCCAAAAAGCAGUCUGUGUGCCCUGCAGACGUUGGAUGAGAAAGAUCAGAGUCAGGGUCUGGAUCAGUGCUGAUGGGCGUUGCAGAAUAAACGCAGGUGCAGGUCCGAGUUGCCACGUGAACUACGAUGUACUAUGCAAACCAUUAUACUAUGUAUUUGUGCGUAUCCGUACUUAUCCGUACCUAGGCACGAGUCGAAGAGGAAAAGAAAUGGAGGGAGGGAGGGAACAGAAAAGGGAUAAAGAAAGUUGUCUGUCCGUUCGGUUCUCCUCGUGGCCGCUGUCCCGCCGUCACAGGGAAGCCCUCGUCAGCGGUUCCCCACCACCUACAAAAAAAGACGUGCCAAGACUACCGAAGCCCCUGAGAAAUCUCGGGAACAAACUUCUUGGUCUGGCCAAAUGGCUGAAAGAAGUCCAGAAUCGGCGGCACCCUCUUUGGUACCAAGUCUGAGCUGCUUUAGAGCAACCCCUGCCGCCACCGGCCUGUGCCCGCCCUCUGAUUCUGUCGUCUUCAGCUGGGUCUACCUUAUUCCCCUUCGCCAUGGGAGAGCGACCGACUCCAGCAGAGGCGGACUACUGCUUCGGGAGUCGGGGCGUUCGAUGACGUUUUGUUUCGAUCCCUAGGAUGAACCAGGAGAAUGCGCUCUCAAAAGUCGAGGAGCAGCCGCUGAGUCGA